GUAGAGGAUUCCGGUCCUUUAAUAGUACAGUAUUUUACAUGAGCCUAAUUUCUCUCUCUCUCUCUCUCCACAUGACGGCUGUAUCUGCUACUCUGCUACUCUUGUUUUUUAGCUGUGCGAGUGUCUAUAAAAGGACGACUUCUCCAUUGAAGCAUCCCUUGAUUUCAAUCUCUAUUCCUAGAGAGAGAGAGAGAGAGAGAGAAGAGAUUGGCAAAAGGAAUGAUGUACGCGGAGACGGGGCUAAUGUUCCCUUCCUUCCAGAAUUUCUCUCUAGAAGUGAAUCAACUCGAAGACUUCUGUCGUUCUCACAAACCCAAUCUCCCAAUGGGAAACGUGGUUCAUACCUCCACCAUAUCAGAGUAUGACUUGGGGGGAGAAGGGGAUCUAUUCAAAGCUCCUGAAGCUAUUAUUGAAGAACCAGCGGUUGGCUUUGAUCCCAUGACAGCUACCAUUUCAAUGAUGUCGUGCGGGGAAAAUAUCAUAUCACCCCAAUCACUCAAGGUUGCGGACAUUGAAUCAAUUCAAAGUGAGCAGCUUUUGAGUGAGGUUUUCUAUGAAUGCAAGAAAGAUAUCUUGGCAAAAGACGCUAUUGAAACACCUCUCUCUGAAAUGUUGGAUAUCAAGAUUCCUGUUUUGGGGACUGUUGAAACCCCUAUUGCAGAGAACAGGUUGAUUGCUCCUGGGUCAUUUGCAAAGAGUGUCAGCUUGGAAUGUUUAAGCUCAAUGGACUGGAUGCAUGGUUUGUCAGUGAGGCCAGAUUUUCUGGAUUUUCACGGAAUGGACCUUGGUGAUGUGUAUGGGAUGCGGAGGUCGUUCAGUGAAGGUGACAUAAAGACUCUUGGUAAUGGUCAUGUGAGUCUCAUCCAUUCUCCUUGUGGGCCGCCGCAAAUUUUCAGCAACUGCACCACCGAAGACCGCCAGCAAAAGCUUUCCAGAUACAGAAACAAGAAGUCUAAGAGGAAUUUUGGCAGGAAAAUCAAGUAUGCUUGCAGGAAGGCUCUGGCUGAUACUCAGCCUAGGAUUCGCGGAAGGUUUGCGAAGACAGAAGAAUCUGACGUUUCGAAGAAUUAAUAACUGUCAAACCCUAGCUGUGGAGGAAAUGUAGGAAUGAAGGAACCAAAUGCAAGUGAUGAAUGAGAUUAGCAUAGCAGUAAUGAAGGCCUGGCAGAAAGUUAGUAGUUUAAAAACAGGUUUUGCGGAAAAUAAGACAGGACCCCACCAAAACCUGCAAAUUAGUUGGUCUUUUGUGUUCUGUAUUAAUGUAUGUAAAUCAAAAAUUGUCCAAAUGGGGUUGUAUAUAGUGUUUGUGUAAUAAAAGAAGUCAAAAAUUGUUGUUUAUUUA